AUGUCCACCGUCAAACUCACUAGAGAGUCGCACGUAGAUGCUACCAAGUAUAGAAUCAAACAUGCUGAUGCUGUCAAGAUCUUGGGACCCAAUGUCCAUUUUCCCAUAGACGAGAAGAAACCGGUAAUCUCGAGCGCCUCGGAGGUGGCAAUCAUCGGAGCAGGCUUUGGUGGUGUGACUGCCUCUUUGACAUGCAAGCAAAAGAUGAAAACUGACGAUUUCGUGGUGUUCGAGAAGCACUAUAACUGGGGUGGAACAUGGUGGGCCAAUACCUACCCAGGAUGUGCCUCGGACAUUCCAGCGUUGUGGUACUCCAUCCACAGCGAGCUCAACAAAAACUGGAGUGACUUACGCCCGCCACAGUAUGAGAUGGAGGAGUAUAUCUUGGCUGUGACCCAGAAGCACGAUUUGGACAAGCAUGCAAGGUUUGGAACUGUUGUGUCCAAGAUGGUUUGGAAUGAAGAUGAAGGUGUGUGGAUUUUGCAUGCCUCAAAUGUCAAAACUGGCCAGAGCUUUGAGCACAGGGCCAAGAUUCUCCUCAAUUGUCAGGGUGGUUUGGUACAGCCUAUUCAGUUGAAUGCACCCGGUCUAUACGAUAAGUUCCAAGGUAGCUACAUGCAUUCAGCGGUGUGGGAUCACAGCGUUGAUUUUAAAGAUAAGAAGGUUAUUGUUGUUGGCAAUGGUUGUUCGGCAGCACAGGUGAUUCCAGCUGUGAUGAACGAAUUGGAUGCCAAAUCUGUCACUCAGGUGUUCAGAUCCAAGCAUUGGAUUAUGCCUCCACUUCCUCCUUUUGUUUUCAAGUUAUACAAGUUGUUGUCAGGAACAAGACUUGGUUUGAUCUUAAUCAGAUGGCUUGUUAUCCUUGCAGCUGAAUUGAGGUACCCAAUGUAUCAAGGUUCUGGCCUUUUCGCUCGCCUAGUUCGUUGGGUGGUCACCAGAGAAUCCAGAAAAUAUAUUUUGCUGGCUCCUAAAAAAUACCAUGACUUGUUGAUGCCCGACUACAAGAUUGGAUGCAAGCGUCUUAUUUACGACUACAAGUACAUUCCUUCUUUAUCGAGUCCGAAGUUUGACUUGCACGGCUCGCCUAUCAAGGAGGUCUUGGAGAAGGAGGUAAUUUUGCAAGAUGGUACUCGCCUUGAGGCUGAUAUCAUCGUUGCUUGCACUGGCUACGAUGUUUCCAAGUCAUUUUACGGCUCCUAUACUGUAGUCGGCCAGAACGGCAUCUUGCCUCAGGAAUUGUGGAAGAAGGAGGGUGUCUCCGCUUAUAAGACUUCCAUGAUUAGGGAUUGUCCAAACAUGUUCUUCAUAGCAGGACCAAACUCUGCCACUGGCCACUUUUCGGUUGUUUCUGCUAUUGAGAACUGCUGUGCAUUUGCAUCUCGCGUGGCUCGCCCCGUUCUUGAUGGUAAGGCCAAGAGUGUUAUUGUCAAACGCAGUGCCUAUUACGACUGGUUCCAAAAUACUCAGCUGCAAUUGCAAAAAGCCGUUUUCGGAACUAAGUUCGGAGGUUGUGUUUCCUGGUACACCGAGGGCGGCAUCAAUGCCACAGCAUACCCUUAUUCGCAAUUGUAUUACUGGAUUACUUCGAGAUGGUUUGGAUCGAAGGACUUGAUUUAUCAGCCACUUGAUCUGAAGAAGACUGUGUGA